AUGGAUCUCGACAUCCUCGUCGUCCCUACCGAUAUAAGCAUCGAAGAGUCCGUCAAGAACCUUAUGAAGACCGCUGGUGGGUUCCCUCCUCUCCUCUCUUCUUAUCUAAAAACCCGGGGCCCUGAUGUUUUUGUCCAGACGAUGGGAACCAAGGCGAAAUUCUCCUCCAUACCAACCGAAGACUGGGUCGCCAUCCAGCAAACAAAUAUCAACGGUAUCUUCUGGCUGGUGCGGGAGCAAAUCAGCAUCAUGGAGAAACAAGAACGGCUCAUCACGCCGAUCGCGUCUCCCAAGCGCCCUGCUGAGCGUGGGAGCAUCGUCGUGCUCAGCGCCGCAGCAGCAGUGAUCGCCCUACCUGACGGAGGCGCCUACACUCACACCAAAUACACAGCAAAUGGGUUGACGAAAGCUGCGGCCCAAGACCAUGCCUCGAACAGCAUCCGCAUCAACGCCAUCCUCCCGGGCUACAUCUACACCGAGGGUCUCGCUUCACACCCUGCCGCCAUGCCCGAAGCUGCAAAGCGCAUCAUCGACGGGUGCCCUCUUGGCCGGUUUGGAGAGGCGGGGGAAAUUGGCGACCUCAUUGUUAUGAUGAGCUCGCUGAGGAAUGGGUUCAUGGUUGGGAGCAGCGUUUUGGUCGAUGGAGGCCAGACGUUGAGUGGGGAGUAA